AUGCUAGAAGCUGAUAUUGAGUGGCCACGGAACCCAACUCGUCAAACCCUAUUGCAAUUUUCCAGUAGAGCAGAGGCGCUGAGCUUGUCCGAUACCCCGGAGUUGGUUCUUGACCGGACUCUGAGAUCCAAGGAUGGACAGGAUGGCCUGAUACUUGUCUUGGGGUUGAUCCUGUGCGGAUUCAGGCCAGUGACUCUGGAAGAGCCAUCUCUUCUUCUGGCGUACAAGAGAGCAUUUGAGGCGAGGCAAGCCGACCCUGGGGCUUCUGCCGACUCGAUCACGUUACAGGUAGCCCAGUGUAAUAUACACAACUGGCUGCACGUGCUUGUGGACUUUGGCCGCUGCCAGUACGAUACUGUGACGAUAAGACCUGAGGUCUCCAAGAUCAUCAAGCUGCAUGACCAUGGCACAACAUGGAUUUGGAGUCAAGCUCGAAGCAUCUCACACCAAUCGAUAUCUCAGUUUUGCAUUGCGAUGCUUACUUUACGUAGCACUCAGAAUGAACUGACUGAGAGGGUCAUGGCAUAUGAAAGCUUUUGCAAAAGUUUACGGCAGAGGAGCUUUGACCACACUAAGGCUGUCACUCCUAUGGAUUUUGAAGGUGACACGGUUCUCGGGUUGUUGGUGCAGUCUCUCUCGUAUCAUUUGUCCCAAUUUGACCCAGAACAUAUCGAUAAGGUCUUGAUUCCAAUUGUUUUUGACAACGAGAAAGACAUCUUACUUAAACCCUGGGCUCAGGCAUUUUGGGCAAUGAGCGACCCAUUUAGACGUCAAGGGUCAGUCCCCCAAACGCCAAUCACUGUCCUAACAGUGAUAGGCUUGCUCAACUACGGGAAAGCCCGAGAGGCUGCACGGAAAAGAUGCUCUGAAGAUACAGAGUCAUACAGCUCAAUAAUGAUCGAAUGCCUUGCCGCCCAGGUAGCCCAGAAAAUCACGUUGAAAAAAGAGGCUAUGCAAGAGUUCAAGUCGGAUGAUUUUAUAGUAUGGGACAGCCAGCAAUCAAACAUGGAAAUGACCCUUGCUGCCGCAGUUCGAGCUGGUAACCAAGACUUUGCUCUCGAGUUGGUAAAACUCCUCCCGAAGAGUUCACUAUUCAGGCCGGAACGUCGAAGCACUGAAGUUGAAGGUCACAGUGUUCUGUCUCUGGAAGGGCUCGUUGAUGAUGGAUAUUUGCAGUCGGCUUCGCCAACGAGUAACCCUUUGACAAGGAUUCUCUUUGCAGCUGCCUCGCAAGAUAUGGACAAGCUUAUUAUGCUAUUGCUCAACCACAGCUACAAGCCGAAAGCUCGACAGGAAAAAGCUGUACUUGGGCCAGUCCUGCGUUUGGCAGCUGUUUUGGGCCAUACCAGAACUGUGGUAGUCCUGCUGGCAAAUUCCGAGUAUAUUACCGACUCGGCAGAACGUGCCAUUGGCCUCGAGGGUGCGUCCAUAGCUGGACAUCUGGAUGUGUUAUGGGAAGUUCUGGCUCAGCAUCCAACCAUCAUUGAUUUCAGCCGCCUGCUGAAAGCAUUGCGCUUUGCAACACUACACGGCAACUGGGAAGUGAUCUCCAAGCUUUUAAGAUGGGUACAACGACGAGAUCCCAUUUAUGAUGACUUCAAAACUCAAGAAUAUAAUCAUAACGACAGACCUUUGGCCAUAGCAUGCGAACUGGGCUGUUCAAAGUCACUCAAAGCCAUCAUGGCGGCCGGAGAAGACCCGAGUUCAAUCGAUACAGAUGGCAUGGCUGACUUCCUGGUCGAGAAUGGUAUGGUCGUCGAUGCGCGCAGCUCAGCCAGUAACAUGAAAGCGUCGAUGGUGGCUCGCAGAAAAGAAUUGGAUCCACCCACCCUGCCAGUCAUACGAUGGCUUCUCGAUCAGCGAGCCGAUAUUGAUGCGGGCAUUGAAGAAGGGGCUGAUCCGGACGUCGUGCAAGCUAGAGUCCCAUCAUCACCUUUGGCAGAGGCACUUUACAAACAGUCGGCAAAAAAGCCUCGAAUGCUCCUAAAGGCUGGGGCAAGACUCGAUAUCGAGUUUGAGCACGGGAAGAGUAUAUUACACAAGGCUAUAUCGUCAAGCCCAGAAAUCAUGAAGAUAAUUCUUAAGUUCCGCCGAUUCCUCGAUGUUGAAAGUCGUGAUCACAAUGUGGACAAGGGCAAUAACUCGCCUCUGAUUCGAGCUGGACAUCGAAAACUCUGGCCCAUCUUCGACCUGCUGGUUGCACAGCCCAGUUUGAACGCCGAAAUUGUUUCUAGACAAACAGGCUCAGCUUUACAAGUCCUGUGUGGCUAUGCUUCGUCUGACUCAAAGGCUCUGAACGCUGUGCAUACUCUUUUGGGCCUUGGCGCGGACGUCAAUAACAUGUGCCAACUCUUUCUUGGUACACCACUCAUAAGGGCCGUGUUUGUCCUGGAUCAUGAAUCUAGUGGAUCCUACCAGCGAGAAAACCUCUUAUCAACACAUCUUGGCAAGAUUGAGCCGCACGAGUUUACGGUCCCAGAGGGCGUUGCCGAGUUCGAGGACCUGGCGUCAGGGGUGUGUUCAGAGGCGAGCAAUGAGGGGAGCAGCGACGGAGCUUCCGAUUCUCUUGGCGAGGAUGACCUGGACCUCGAGGAUCUCGACAGUGACGACGCUGAGGGAUGA